AUGGCGGCAUCGAAGAAUCAAAUCGAUUUUCAUGAUCAUUUACCCUUUAUUGAGGAGAAAUUGCGCGACGAUGGUUUGAUCAGAGAAUUAUGCAAUAUAUUCCGACUGUUGAUGGAUGCUGAUAAAGAAUUGAAGUCUCUAAAAGUGCUGAACUUGCUAGUCAAUGAUAUGUCAGAUGCUGUCUUGUCACACCUAAACGGUUUGAUAAAUUUGGAGAGCUUAAAUCUGGAUUCAUGUAGAAUUGGGGAUAAAGGACUUGUUCACUUAGCAGGCCUUGUUCAUUUAAAAUGUUUGGAGUUGUCUGAUAUAGAAGUUGGAAACAAUGGUCUUCGUCAUCUCUCUGGUUAG